CCUGUCUAUCAUAGUCAACAGGUGAUUGCUAUUACGCGCACGAAACAUUUCUGCACGUGACACUUAGUCGAUAAUCGGGCCCCCUUUACGACCCGGUCUCCAACGCAGAAGCGUCCGGGCCAAAGGAGACGAACCACGUCUCCCUAUAAACGGGUUAUUAUGAAACGUUUAAUAUUGUUAUACUUCGUGUUCGUUUGUAUUGCACAUGUAUAUUGUAAAGGAGGCGGACGAGGUGGUGGCGGUCGUGGUGGACGUGGAGGAGGAGGUAUAUUUGGCAGCAUUUGGGGUAAAAGUUCUUCCCGGAAUACUUAUCCAGCGUCUACCGGAUAUUCUGGUUAUGGUUCCGGAGGUUCGCAUGGCUACCCUUCUUCAAACGGCCUCUCCGGACUAAUCAAGCAACCCGGUUUCAAAUAUGGACAAAGAUACGGAUCGUACAGGUUUCCUGUACCGAGAGUGCCCUCCUAUUACACGGUGCCGCAGUACGUGUACGUGAAUCAAUAUAGACAGUCAAAUAGCCGAUUUAACAAUCUCCUGAUUGGCUUAACAAUGUAUAAUAUGGGCCGCUCACACGUGAGUUACCACCACUACUAUCACGACAGCUACUAUAGACGCAACAGUUCCUCGGCUUCAAGCAACGCGGAUCACGCUGUUACUUCAACUUCAGCAGAAGAGAAGGCAAAUGAAGAUAAGGAUGAGGCGACUUGUCUUAUGAGAAUUACAGAGGACGAAAAAGAGGAAGUGUUAAAGAUUCCUUGUGCUAUAGUGACGACAUUUGCAGACGGCAAUCGUAAAUUACCUUAUGCAAGUAACACGACGACAACCGUGUGUGUUAAUUCAUCAGAGGUUAACUUAACUUCAUUACAGUCUUUGGAAAAUGAUAGUAAUGUAAACACGUCUGAAUCCAUUAACACAGAUUCGCCAAAAAACAGUAUGGUUUGUAAAUCUACUAUAAAAUCGAUUGAUCCUUUGUCAGUGACAGGUUCACCGUUGGGCGAGAAUGUUAUGAACUGUACGGUUGAGAUCUGGACUCGUCAAGAAGUGAUUAGCAAUGAAGUCGAUUGUGAAGUUCUAUUGAAAUAUGCGAAGAUGCCGGUGCCUCAAAAUAAGGAUGCUAUUAUUAUGCCCCCUAGAUCGGAACUAAAAGAUAUGUUGGAACAUCCGCCCUGGUGGUUAUCUCUGUUCUUGGUUGUAUGAUUUGGUUGCAUGUAUGCGUAUACUCGUAAUAUUAUCUUCGUUAUUG